CGUGUCCCGGAAGUAGAUACAGCAAAUCCGUAAACAAACUGGAAACCUCCGGGUCAUGGCGGGUACUGCGUUGAAACGGCUGAUGGCCGAAUAUAAACAGCUGACACUUAAUCCGCCAGAAGGGAUCGUAGCAGGCCCCAUAAAUGAGGAGAACUUCUUUGAAUGGGAGGCCCUAAUCAUGGGUCCUGAAGAUACUUGUUUUGAAUGUGGUGUUUUCCCAGCUAUCCUCAGCUUUCCACUAGAUUAUCCACUAAGCCCUCCAAAAAUGAGAUUUACUUGUGAGAUGUUUCAUCCAAACAUAUAUCCAGAUGGAAGAGUCUGCAUCUCCAUUCUCCAUGCUCCAGGAGAUGAUCCAAUGGGUUAUGAGAGCAGUGCAGAGAGGUGGAGUCCAGUCCAAAGUGUGGAGAAGAUAUUGCUUUCAGUUGUGAGCAUGCUAGCUGAACCCAAUGAUGAAAGUGGAGCCAAUGUAGAUGCAUCCAAAAUGUGGAGAGAAGAUCGGGAGCAGUUUAACAAGAUCGCCAGGCAGACUGUGCAGAAGUCUUUGGGGCUGUAAAGAGCAGUAUUUCACAGGGAUGGAUCUAUCGUAUUAUUGCAAUGCAGACACAAGAAGUGCUGGCAUUCCAGCUACGUCUGCUAAUCACAAGGCUGAGACAGAGUUUUCUUGAUGCAGAAGUCUGUCAGUUUGGAUUUCUUUGUUUCUGCAUGAGUGAAUUUCCUGUAUUUUGCCACAUGAAGGAUUCUGAUUGGUUUGAAUCAAAACCCUUUUAUGUUUCAAACUAUAUGGAAAAAUGUGCAUGUAAAAAAGCCUAUAUCAUUGUGAGAUAUUUUAAUUCACCACCAGCUUGCACAGAGCACAACAGUAUUAUUCUCUAAAUGUUCCAGCGAACUAGAUAUUUCGUUCAAACCUCUUUUACCAAGUUAAUUAGAAAAUAUUUUGGUUUUAUGCAGUGUCCUUUCCUUGAACACUCAUUGAGGUCUCUUUCCGUGAAAGCAUAUCUGUGUUAAAUUAAUGUGCAGAUGUAAUUUAAAUAUAAUGAAGGAUAGUGUCUAGUAACUGUACAAGCAAGCAGGGAUAAUGCAUGCAGGGAUCUGUUUUCCUAGAAAAAUGUAAACUUCUACAAAACAAUGACAAUCCAAUGUGUUCUUAAAGGCAUAGUCUAAAAUUAACUUAACUGGAUUGGAUAGAGCACAAAGUUUUAAACAACUUUUCAACUUGCUUCUAUUAUCAAUUUUGCUUAUUUCCUUUGGUAUUGUUUGUUAAAGAGCAAUCCUAGGUGAGCUCAGUAGCGUGCACUUGUAGCCAUCUCGUAGUAACAUCGUAGAUGAGGUUACAAAGGAUACAGGAAGAACAAAUACAAUAUAAUACAAGUAAAUUCAAAAGGUUUUUAAAGCUGCAUGUUCUGUCUGAAACAUAAAUGUUUAAUUUUGACUUUGUCUUAAAUUUUCUAUUCUCCCAUAUGUUAUGAAAAUUUUUUAGUAAACCUUAAUGUCAAUUAAUAAUAAAUUAAAUACACAACCUGUUCACUGCCAAGCAGUCCAUUAAUGUAUUUUAAUGUAUAACUGAUCUCACAGUUUACCAGUUGUAUUCAUUUUUAAGGGUUUGAUCACAAACAUUUUUAGCUUUCUUUCACUAAACAACGUUGAUGCAGCUAGUAACAGUUUAUUAGGGUGCUCUCAGAUUCACACAAACCCUCACUUUUACCAAUAGUAGUGUUAAGACGUUACACACUUUUUAUUGGCUUUGAACUAGUCAUAAGGAUUAUUCAUCUCAAUUCCUCAUUUUACUGAUUUCUAUUCACAAUUUAUGUUCCACCUGUCUCCUGAAAGACACCAAUACCCAUUUAAACACAGUUAAUACAAAAUAAAAUUAUCUAAAGUCUUGAAAACCUACUUGACUAUAAUGAAAUAAUUUGCCACACUCACAUCUUACAUACUUAAAUAACAUGUUCUUAGAAAGCAAGUACAAUAUAUAUUCAAAACCUUUUUAAACAAUUUAUUAUGUGCAUCUGGACAAAUUUAAAUAUGGUGUAUGAAGUUGGAUAAGUGAGGGAUGGGAUUGCUUUAUUCCAUUCAAAGAGGAAAAAAAUGUAUUGUGUCUUGAUUGAUAAAAAAUAGCACCUGCUUUAAAAAGAAAAUUAGUUUUGAAAAUACUUUUUUCAUAACGUUUAAAGAAAAGAGUAAUAUCAAAUAAAAUAAAAAUUGUCACAUUUAUUCAAAAAUAUUAAAAAUUGUUUUCUGUAUGAAAAAGGUUAUGUGAAGGCAUUUUUAAGUUAAUAGUGCAUAUAUCUAUGUACAGCUGGGCCUUAAGAACUGAUUGAUCAAUGUCUAAUAAACAGAACUCCCACUGCUCUAUUAGUGGACUAUUA